AUGGUUUCAUGGAAAAAUGCUAUUUUGAUAGGUUCUUACACAUUAUGCUUAUUUGUAGGUGUAGGGUUGUUUGUCUUUGGUUCAAAGUUAGCAUAUUUAGAUUUAACUGACAUGACUGACAGCGUUGAUUCACUUUCUCUUAAUUUAUUAGAUGAAAACUAACAGAGAUUAUAUAAAUAUGAUAAAUUAGUAUUAUAUUUAUAUGAUUAUGAAAAGUUUUAAGGCACUACUAAAGUUUCCAAUUUCACUAUUAAUGACUGUCCAAAAAGCGAGUACGAAUAGCUUAAUGUUACAAAUAACACAAUACAUUUUAACCCUACAGAAGAUUUAGUGAAAGCAUACCCUGAUCAAAGUUUCGAAGUAGGAGUAUAUAGCGAUCAUACUCUAAAUUUUAAGAGGAGUGUUGUUUCACUUUUUACAGGAAUGGAUGUCAAACAACUGAAUUAGCUUCUCAAUUUUACUCAAUUCUCAUAAAUUAAAUUUCGAAAUUUAAUCAAAGACAUUUAGCAAAUGAAAAAUGUUAAAACAUUUGCAUUUUUGAAUAAGAAAUAUUAGAAAUUAUUAACAGAGUUCAUAUCUAGCAAUGAUACCAGUAAUAACAAAUCUGACUUGAUAUAAAAUAAAAAUUUCUAGGUUUAGGAUGAAACAAGUAUUUAAUACAAUUUAAAUUAAUACUUAGAGAAAAAUGAAUAUGACGUUUUAAUAUUUAGCAAAUCAACUGAGAACUUAUUGAUAGAUGAAAAAAAAGAAGAUCAAAUAAAUGACAUUUUAGGGUAAAAAAGAACUAACUUAAUCACUGUAGUUAAUCAAAUUAGCAAAAACCCGAAAAACGUUUUAUUCUUAGCAAUAGGUUGGAAUUAGUGUCAUGAAUAAGCUAAAAUAUUUGCCUAUAACAGGAAUGGAUUCUCAUUGACAGAUUAAAAUAGCGACGAAUAGAUAAUAAUUGAUUAAUUUUAUGGAAGUUUAUCAUAUGCUAUGAAUUGGAAGAUAAAAUAAGGCUUAAUUGCAAGAAAUGUUGGUCUUUUUGAUAUCAAACAAUAAUACAUGAAUGCUUAGACGGAUCUCCUUUAUAGAAUUUAGGACAGUUUUAAUAAUUUAGUGCAGUAACAUAAAUUUUUAAACAAAUUAACAAAUUUAAAUACUUCAAGCUCGUCUACUUCAGAGGAUUAAGAAGUACUUAGCAGGAUAUUAGGAAAGAUGAAAAAAAUAUAUGAAAAUUACUCAGAUAGCGAUGUAAAUAAGGUUCGUGCAAAUGCCUCAAUAGAAGACCUGAAAUAAAUAUAAACAAUGCAAACUGAAAUCGAAUUGAAAAUAAAGGAGUAUAGUUAAUUUAAUUUAAACUUAACUAUUGCUGGCGCUUAAUUGAUUUUCUUCAGCAUAUUUAUCUGUUUAGCUAUUUUAAUGGUAAAUAUGAAGGUUUAAGACAGUAUUUAUAGUAAAAGAUUAAUAAAUCUCAUGUUGGAACUCCCAAUUUAUUAUGAAGCUUUUAAAUUUUUAUUUAGUAGACUUUUGAUUCCUGAAUUUUCUUUAGUUUACCCAGAGAGUACUUAAUAGAUAAUAAGAACAUAGCAAUUUGAGUUAUAAGAAUAAACUUUCUACAGCAUCUUGCUCUUUAUGGGAAUAAUUGCUCUUCUAAAUAGCACAACCUUAUUUAUUUAAUAAUAAUAUCAAAAAAUUUUGUUAGCUGUUGUAUGCUAUAAUUUAUUUAUAGGAGAAGCAUACUUGCAAAGAAAUGUCUUCCUUAAUGCAACUUUAGCAGAUGAUAAGGAAUAGUUGGCUAUAUUACUGCUUAUUAUUGUGAGGUUCCUCUACGAACUCUACUCUACUAUGGGAGAAAGUCUUUUCUAUCUCUACUAUUGCACUAUUAUUUUCCUCUUACCUUUCUUAAGAUACUUUUUUGAAGCAUCUUUUAUUAUUUUCUAAUAUGUAAAUGCCUUUAAUGGGAUAGUUCUACUUUAUUUAAACAGAGCUGAAACUAACUUCGAAGAAAAAAUUGCUAUCUUCAUGCUUUCAUUUAGUCCUUUUAUAAAUUUUAUAGUUACUUCUGAAUAAUGCAGUAAUUUCUUCUUUGUUUACUCAAGUCACAUUGCACUUUAUUGCUUACUGUUCUGCUUUGCAGCCUAUUUAAAAAUACUCUACCUACCAGCAUUUUUCAUCAUAAUGAACUUAUUAAAUUAUGAACUUCUUAUGAAUAUCAAAAUAGGAGAAUCUGAGUAUACAGGGUUCACUUUAAGUAACUUCUUAAUAGUGGGACUAUCAUUAUUUGGAGUAUCUAAUGUCAUUUUUUGGAGUAAGGCACAAUAAAUGCACAAAAAGAACUUUAAUGAUUUGACUUUGAGUAAGAUGUUUUCAUCUGAUGUAAAGUCUAAUCAAGCAGUACUGAUUGCUCAGCUUUUCAAAUAUAAUUUGUUUGGCAUAAUUGCAUUACUCCAUAUAAUGUUCUUUAUUAUUUUACAAAAUGCUCAAACAUUUGAUUCUAUUUCUGUAAAUUUCUUAUAGGACUAUUUAAAAGCUGAAUAUAACAAUAGCUACAUAAAUUACUUUUAGAAAUAAGCUCUCUAUACAUGUGCUACUUUAGUUUCGAGUAUAAUAAUGAUUCUUUUAUACACUCGUACCAAAGAAAUUGAUGAUUUCGACAAUGCUUCUAAAUCAGAAAUUUAUGAAACAGAAGAGCUAGCUGAUAAUUCUGCUACAAGAAAAGGAUUCGACAUAAUUAUGGCAUCUGAAAAGAAACAGCUAAAUAACAAUUCAACUUUAUUUUGA